CUUAUCUGUACACUCAUUUACAGUGCAGACGAUGGACACUACGGACCAGCUUUGCAUCAUUUCUCCCAACGAGUGGCACGAACUACGUGAUCUGUAUCGUGAAAGUUGGCCAGAACAUCACGUGGCCUACGCAACAAUUGAUAACUACAUCCGUUGGUAUGAGAAGGAUGGCAACAUUAAGAAUCUCACCAUUUACUGCUUGAACGGAACCUGGCGGCAAGAUGGAACUUAUUUAAUUGUGGAUCGUUAUCAACUGUUUGUGUACAGCAAGGAGCCGAGUAAUCGCUCACUGACAAAGGCUCUUCAUCUGCUGGAUUGGAGUAAAGGAUUGAAAGUGAGUUCGUUGCUCUCCCGCCAUCGCAAGCCGGUCAUCGACGUGAUUGAUGCAAAAAAUCUCCAGAAAGAGUACGAUAGUGAAACAUUUGUUUACUACAUGCCAAAGAGUGACUGCGAUGCACUACAGCUGUCCGUACCGGAAGGAUUCGAACUGAAGGCGCUACGUUCGGAAGAUGCUGUCAAAGCGAACGAUCUUUGGCCCAAUCGCCACCAGGGCUCGUUGUUUUUCUUGCAAAGGCUAGCGGCCUGGAAUGCGAACGCGGGUUUGUACGAGUGUUCCACGGGCAAGCUGGUAGCGUGGUGUUUCCGUCUUCAGGCUGGACCACUCGGAGCUCUGCAGGUCGAUACGGAAUAUCUGCGUCGCGGGUUCGGUUCGGUUGUGGCAAUAGCGACCGCUAAAAAAAUUGCCGCCCUCGGUCACGAUUGCUUUGGCUUAGUUAAUGUGGCUAAUGAACCAUCGAAGAGGAUGUUUGAAAAAAUUGGAUUCAAACAGGAUGGAAAAGCGUAUUGGGUGAGAACGAUACCGACUGUGCCAGACUACGAUUGGGAAGAUUGA